UUUCUUCAUCUGAGCCAGUAUCAAUAACAUAGUUCCUGGUUCGCAUCCGUCAUUCUCUCUUUCAUAUCCAUACCUCUCAUUGUCCUUACACUCAUCCCGCGUUUCAGGCUAUCUUCAGGAACAGCUGACCGAACUAUAAGAGAUUCACAAGAUCUCCCAAGCACGACACCACCCACUGUAUCGACCACUCCUAGAGUCGCAUUGGCAUGAUCAGUGGCCCUCGCCUCACCUCCACUGCGGUGCCUCUGUCAACCCAAACCCCAACGUAGAGCCACCCGAUCUAUACACCCAGCAUCCGAACACAAGCAACCGCAAACAAGCGAGACAGACAAGAUGCCCAUCUCCAUGACGAACAACCAGCCCGCCAGUCCGCCCGAGGACAUAGACAAGACGCAAGCGAAGGCGCAGAGCAACCCGACCUCGCCGUCCUCCGCGACAACCCGCAAGUCGCUCCACCAGAACAUCUUCGGCAAGCUGCGGCCGCUGCCGUUCCAGUACCACUGGGCCGUGUGGUACGACAAGCACAACAGCGACACGAGCAAGGAGAACACGACGCGGGACUACGACUCGCGCCUGUACCUGCUUCACGAGGAUGUGUCGGACAUCGCGACCUUCUAUCGUGUCUACAACAACUACCCAUGGGACAAGGUGCGCCUGCGCGACACGGUGCACAUCUUUCGCAAGGGCGUGCGGCCCGUGUGGGAGGACCCGGAGAAUCGCAACGGCGGGUGCUGGCGCUUCCGCGUGCCCAAGAACAAGGCACAGGAGUUCUUCCACGAGAUUGCCAUCCUGUGUAUGGCGAAUGAGUUCCAGGCUGUGCUGGAGAAGGAACACGACCACGUCCUUGGCGUCUCCACAUCCGCACGCUUCAACUCCAACCUCAUCUCCGUCUGGAACAAGCUCGGCGACAACGAGCGCUCCAUCAAGGCUCUCGAGCAGACCAUCCUCGACCGCCUGUCGCCCGAUUUGCGUCCCACCGGCACCGGCUCGACCGCGUACUUCUACAAACGGCAUGCCGAGAACGACGGCUUCACCGAAGCGGUUGAGAAGGCGAGUACUGUGACGUGAGGCAUGGCUUAGUCCUGUGGUUUUGGGUCUUUUCAAAACCUCACUUCACCACCUCUCUGCCCCUUUUCAUCUUCCAUUGAUCUGCUCAAAUAGCCAGUUCGCAUCCGCAUACGUUCAUCUUUCCUUCUUUAGCAUCCCGCGGCUCGGGCAGCACAGUAUGUUCUUUUUUCUCUUCUUCUAAGGCUGCAUUAGUUUAUCCACGUGAAAUAGAGAAU